GGGGGCCAGUGAGUGUGUGUUUGCUGCGUGCGAGUGUGUGUUGAACUGAGCGGAGGUGAAGAAGAGGAGGAUGAAGCUGGGAGCGGAGGAUGGGAGGAAGAGUGGAGUAAGAGACAGGCUAGCUGUGUGUGAAUGAGUGAGUGAGUGAGGAAGAGGAGAGGAAGGUCGUCGGAGGACCGACAACAAAGACUUCAAUAUUUUGGGGAUAACCUCCGGAACAUUACUAACGGAAACUUUCAACUUUUUACCCGCCACAUCUCGGCUUGUUGUGUCCGGAGCCGGCUUUGUUUCACGGCGGGGGUGUCUACGAUAAAUGAAGGAAUAACAUAGAAUCCCAUCGACCUUUUUCUACACAAGCGGGGGAAUACCCUGGGACUGCUUUUGAUAAAGGUUACGAGAGAAUGGCGGCCAACAUGUACCGAGUGGGAGAUUACGUGUACUUUGAGAACUCAUCCAGCAACCCUUACCUGAUCCGUAGAAUAGAAGAGCUCAACAAGACAGCCAAUGGGAACGUGGAGGCAAAGGUGGUGUGUCUGUUCAGGAGGCGGGACAUCUCAGGAAACCUCAACAUCCUGGCUGACAGCAACGCAAGAGAAUUUGAAGAGGAGUCAAAGCAGCCGACGCCGUCUGAACAACAGAAACACCAGCUCAAACACAGAGAACUCUUCCUGUCUCGACAGUUCGAGUCCUUACCGGCUACUCACAUACGGGGGAAAUGUAAUGUCACCCUGCUCAAUGAAACGGACGUCUUGUCUGGCUACCUGGAGAAAGAGGACUGCUUCUUCUACUCGUUGGUGUUCGACCCCGUCCAGAAGACCCUACUGGCGGAUCAGGGGGAGAUCCGGGUGGGCUCCAAGUACCAGGCAGAAAUCCCUGACAAGCUAGCUGAGGGUGAGUUAGACACCCGGAUCCAGGAGAAGCUGGAGACCAAAGUGUGGGACCCCAGCAACCAGCUCAAAGACCCUCAGAUAGACCAGUUCCUGGUGGUGGCAAGGGCUGUGGGGACCUUUGCUCGGGCCCUUGACUGCAGCAGCUCCAUCCGCCAGCCCAGCCUCCACAUGAGUGCAGCUGCAGCCUCCAGAGACAUCACACUGUUCCAUGCUAUGGACACGUUGCAGAAGAACAGCUAUGACCUGGCCAAAGCCAUGUCCACGCUGGUCCCUCAGGGGGGCCCGGUGCUCUGCCGCGAUGAGAUGGAGGAGUGGAGCGCCUCAGAGGCCAUGUUGUUUGAGGAGGCUCUGGAGAAAUACGGCAAGGACUUCAACGACAUCCGCCAGGACUUUCUGCCCUGGAAGUCUCUAGCCAGUGUGGUCCAGUUCUACUACAUGUGGAAGACUACCGACCGCUACAUCCAACAGAAACGACUAAAGGCAGCAGAGGCGGACAGCAAGCUGAAGCAGGUGUACAUCCCCACCUACACCAAACCCAACCCCAACCAGAUCAUGGUGCCAGGCAGCAAGCCGGGCAUGAACGGGGCGGCGGGCUUCCAGAAAGGACUCAGCUGUGAGAGCUGCCACACGGCCCAGUCUCCUCAGUGGUAUGCCUGGGGGCCUCCCAACAUGCAGUGCAGACUGUGCGCCUCCUGCUGGAUCUACUGGAAGAAGUACGGAGGUUUGAAGACCCCCACGCAGCUAGAGGGCGCAGCUAGAGCCGGCUCUGAGUCAGGCCCCCGCGGUCACAUGACGCGCCAGGAGGUCCAGGGUAUGUCGCCGUUCACACGCAACGAGGGUCGCGCCAAGCUGCUGGCCAAGAACCGCCAGACGUUCAUCCUGCAGACCACCAAGUUGACCCGCAUCGCCCGGCGGGUGUGCGAGGACAUCCUGCAGCCUCGACGUGCGGCGCGGCGGCCCUACGCCUCCAUCAAUGCCAACGCUGUCAAGGCUGAGUGUAUAAUCAGGCUGCCCAAAGCCACAAAAACUCCUCUAAAGACCAAGUUGGUGCCCCGACCGUCUCUGGCCAACAUAGUGAAGGAUUUAGCCAUCUCAGCUCCUCUAAAACUGAAGGCGUCUAGAGGACCCCCGACACCCAUCAACAGGAACCAGGCCAGCCAGCCCCGCGUGGGCCAAAGCUUGCUGGGAAAGAGAGGCUUCGACAGCGCUACAGGCGUGCCCUACCCGGCCAAUGGGAGACCGUACACUUCAGGUAUGAGGACCACCUCUCAGUCGGUCAUCAAGCGGCAGAAAGUCAGCCAGGGGGAGGCACCCAACCCUGUAGUGUUUGUGGCUACAAAGGACACCAGGGCUCUGAGGAAACAUCUGACCCAGUCAGAGAUGCGCCGGGCAGCGAGGAAACCUCACCUCCUGGUCCGGAUCAAACUGCCGCCACCCCCCCGCUCCCUGGCCAUGCCCCUGCUCCCCUCCAGCACCAGCGAGCCCAUCGUCCUGGAGGACUGAAGGGUGGAGGGACAUGGGAGGGGUGGGGUGGAGGGGGGUGGUCUUUUACCAGGACGUGGGGGUCAAGUUGGGGAGGGUCUGUGCUCAGGCUGUCACUUAACAGGCAGCACAGUACGCCACACCAGUAGUCUUUUAUUUCCCUCUUUUCUUUAGUCCUCUGUUACUUCCCAAACAUUGAUGUGUCACACACACACACACACACACACACACACACACACACACACACACACACAGCACUUAGAUGACUGUAUAUUUCCAUCACACACACACACACACACACACACACACACACACCUUGACACACCUUGGGCUUUGUAGUAUUUUAUUCCAGAUCCUGAAUAAUUUUUUGUGCUCCCCCUUUUCAAUUCCGCCUGUUUUUAAAUGUGUAAUUUAAAUCGAGAAACGUCUCAUCCUGAAAACAACGGUGUUCAAGCACACUUUAGUUUUCUUUCCCUCCACGACGUCUCUAUCUUGUGUAAAUAUACGCACCGUUGUAAAGGGGAUGAAGCCCGCAGUAUGUGAGUAUGGGGGGGUCAAGUUGGAUGAGGACACGUCUGACUGGCUGUUAAUCGUAGCUCACUGACUGCUGGUGGAGUUGGGGAGACAUGUUGGGACAUGCUGAGCUGUCCUCAGUCCGUCUCAGCACAGUGUUUGUUGUCUGUAACUUGUUCACUUUUCCCCGUCGUCAGCCAGGAGCCAACAGAGUUCCCGGGGUCGGUCCACCCUGACAAGUCAGGUCCUUCCCACCUCAGUGACAAAAAUGUGUGAGCACAAAACCGCUUGAGUAACACCACCCAUACAGUCAUUACAGAGGAAUCUGCUGACGGUCUUCUUGAUGAAUUAAUAAAAUAUUCACAAUCACAAUUCUUCAAAGCUGAAUGGGCCAUCUUCAAAUUGCUUGUUUUAACUGAUUAAUACUCCCAAAACCCAGAUAUCAACAAAUAUUCAGUCAUCAAAAUGUUAACCUUAAAUUAAUGAUAAUCAGCAAACGGGUAUAUCUUUAGUUUCUACAGCCUUACGCAUCCUGACUUGCGCUAGUUUUGUGCUCACUUGAUUUUUUUUAAUGAAUAAAUAACCCUCUAUGCCGUCUUCUCCUUCUCCAGGCAUCACAGUAGCCAUUUAACAAAAGAAACUGAACGCUUCUUUGGUCUCCUGUCAGCUGUUAUCCGGUUUGAGGAGAGGAGUCUGCUCCCGCUCUCCUGACCUCGGCCCGAUGCGUGUGAACCUGGAGUCAAAGGGCAGAGGUCAUCGCUUAUACAGUGUAGGGAGGAUCAUGUGUAGUGUUUGAGGAGAUGAUUGUGGUUACUGUGUGACUUGCCAGGAUGAGAGAACACAUUUGGCUUUGAGGUACUGUGUUCGAGUCUGCAAAAGUCCAAAAAGAAGCCAUAAUGUGCAACAAGAAAACAGAAAUCUUUCAACCCUGGGGUCAUAUUAGAAUCAAAGCCUCAGCAUUGCUGACAAUGUUUGGUUGGUUUGAAGGAAACUGACCGUUAUGUUCUCAGUCAGUUGAUAAGUCUGUUUUAAAAAAAAUAAAUAAACCUUUAAAAAAAUUAAGCAGCAGCAAUAUGUAAAGGGUAUGGAAGACAAUUGGGGUCAAAAAGUGAAGUUCAGGAAUAAUGUUGCAAAAAGAGUCUGAGAUUACAGAACGUUGUCACUCGAUGCUCUUCUGUAAAUGUGACGAGGCAGCAGAGCGGUUCCUCCGCUCGUCUCGUGUGCUUUCAUUUCCUCCGUCUAGUUUGGGUUGCCCGUUUGUACCGUUACGAAAAGGUUGAGUACUAAAAGCAAGUUGUUAAUUGGAUGAUUAUAAUUCCCGUGAAUCCCCACAGCACCGAGGGCCUCCGCAGGUUUUAUGAGCAAGUUUGGUCCCAAUGUGGGCUUUGUAAUAUUUCUCCAAAAAAGAAAUUUGAAGUGUCGAGUUUGUAGCAAAUACUAAUCUGUGUAAAGACGAAGUGGAGAACUGGCACAUUUUAAACUUUUUUACAUCUAAAGUGUGUAAUUCUGCUCCGUUAUUGUGGAGAGGGCUCAACCAGGCGACUGUACAUGUGAAACAUUGCUCUCCUUCAUUGGGUGGGGGGUUGGGGGGGGUCAUUUGAACCAGGGGCCACAUUCAAAAGGUACAGGGGCUGAUUUUUGUAUGAUGGAGACAAAACAUGCUACAAACUGAAACUUUUUCUCAAGUGUUUUUUUAUUCCAACGUCUCUGUAUCCUUUAAUGUAUCUUGAUAAGAAAAGAAAUAAAGAAUUUUUUUUUCUUCGUGGUCA